AUGUCUGGUAGCAUGAGGCUUCCUAUUGGCGCCCAGGCUGGCGCACGUCGACGAGACAAAGGAUCCCACGCGGUAGACAAGAUCGGUGCCGCUGCCAGGGUCGACUGUGGCGAGCUUGGCGUUGGUAGUCGGUUGGGACUUGAGGUAGCACUUGCCCUUGUAGCCAGCAUGUACUGGUUGCCCUUGUUGUCCUUGAAGGCUGUUCCGCUGCCGCCCAUCUGGCUGCAGCUCUGGGCUGAGGCAAGCUGUGCUCCAGCCCAGAGCAUGCUAGCACGACAUAGCUGUCCGCCAGGAAGCCAUGAUCUUGUCUGGGCGUUGCCGAUCUGA